AUGAGGCAUCAUAUGGAAGAUUGUCCUAAACGUACCAUUACUAGUAGUGUAGAUCAAAUGAUGAUGGAUUGUGAUACUAAAUUGAGAUGUAUGAAGAUUUCUCAAGAAAUUUAUCGUGAGAAGAUGGCAAUAGGAAUCAUAAAACAUAACUACCUAUAUUCAAUAGUGGAGCAUGAAGGAAUUAGGGAUGUCCACAUGUAUUUGAAUCAUGAAGUUAAGCAAUAUACUAGGAACACCGCUAAGGCAGAUUGCUUAAAGGUAUAUUACAGGGAGAAGGAAAAGAUUAAGCUUGCUUUAGAGAGGGUUUCGGGUAGAAUAUGCUUGACUUCUGAUAUUUUGAGUUCUUGUACUAUUGAUGGGUAUAUUUCUUUAACGGCUCACUAUGUUGAUGAGAACUGGGAGUUACAAAGUAGAAUUUUGAAUUUUUGCCAUAUUCCUUCUCCACACUCAGGGGCUCUUUUGUCAGACAUAGUGUAUGAUUUCUUAAAAGAUUGUGGGAUUGAAAAGAAAUUCUUCUCUCUUACAUUAGACAAUGCAAUCCAAGAAGGGUUAAAGGUGAGUAGCGUGGCUUUGCAUAAAAUUCGUGAAAGUGUGAAAUAUGUUAAAGGAAGUGAGGCUAAAAGAAUCAAGUUUGGAGAACUUGUUCAAAAAAUUGGUGUGAUAAGCUCAAAAGGAUUGCGAAUGGAUGUUCCCACGAGAUGGAAUUCCACUUAUUUAAUGCUUCAAAGUGCGUUAAUAUACCGUCGUGUGUUUGUUCAUUUGACACUGAUAGAUCCCAAUUAUAAAAGUUGUCCUUCAGAUGAAGAAUGGGAUAGGGGAAUGAGGAUUUGCAAGUUCUUGCAACCAUUUUAUGAGAUCACUACUCUUUUUUCGGGUUCCCAAUACCCGACAGCAAACUUGCAUCUCAAAAAUGUGUGGAGAAUUCAAGUGCGUUUAUAUGAAGAGAUGGAAAAUGAGGAUGAAGUUCUUAGUACCAUGGCAAGUCAAAUGAAAGGAAAAUUUGACAAAUAUUGGGAUUCUUACACUGUUGUGUUAGCAAUUGCAGCAAUUCUGGACCCACGUUUCAAGUUUGAGUUUGUUGAGUUUUGUUACAAAAAAGUUGAUGGCCCAGUAGUUGCAACAAGAAAGUUGGAGUUGGUCAAGCAGGAGUUGUAUAGGCUUUUUGUUGCUUAUGAGGGUCUAAGUGGCAAUGAGGUUCAGGUUCCCUGCAAUCCUUGCGUGCAAGCUAGUGAUCCUAAUAUCAUUGGAGAUGAUAUUUGUGAAUUUGACUACUCCAAGAGUGACUUUAGUGCUACUAAGAAGUUGGAAUUGGAUACUUAUUUGGGAGAGGCAAGGUUUGAUCGCAUCAAAUUUUACAAUUUGGAUAUCCUGGACCAUUGGAAGAAAAAUAGUGAUCGAUAUCCGAUACUUUCGAUGAUGGCCCGUGAUGUGAUGAGUAUACCAAUAACGACUGUUGCUUCGGAGUCCAGUUUCAGUAUUGGUAGCAAAGUGCUCAAUAAAUAUCGAAGUUCACUUUUACCGGAGAAUGCAGAGUCUUUGAUAUGCACCAGGACAAGGAUUUCUGGAUAUGAAGUUAAAGAAGAUGAAAUUGAUGAUGUUCAGCUGCUUGUGUCAUUAAGUCAAGUGCCGAGGAAGGGGAAGGAGAUUGCAUAA